AGUUCCAUCCGGGAAAAGCUGGCGUCCUGAUCGAACGGGUUCAACUGUGUCUGAGGGUGUCACCGUUCGAAAUCACGCGACAUCAUCUGCACGCGGAUGAGCUUACAGUGAGCUUUCAAAAACGAAAAAAAAAUCAUUCGUAUCUCAACGAUAUUCAACAUCGUUGACGAAUCUUAUUUCAUCUUAAAGGUUCCAAGAAAUAAAUCACACUGAAGAUCUUUCUGAAUUGCUUCACUGCCCAAGCCAUGAAAGGCGAAAUAAUUGGAUACGCACACAAAGAUAUAUAUUUCCUCGAGACAAAUACAAAAUCGGAGAGUACGGAUCUGGCCAAUUUGUUUGCUUCACCAGCGGGAAGGGAGAUGGUGAAAUAUAAACCCAGGGGGAAGUUGAAGCAUAAAUUGAAUCCAGCUAUUGAGUUCUUCAUACACAACAAAACGAAAAAGACUGCGACGCCAGAUGACGGCAGAUCGAACUUGGAGUUGAGCAAAUGCGUUUCUAACCAGAACCUGACGUCGACAUCCACCGUCACAACUUGCCCCGAAAGUAGCGGUAAUCCAUCCGGAAGUGGUAGCAGAUGUAGCAGCGACAUCUGCAGCUCUAUACACCCGGAAAAUGGGCAAAGAAGUCGACGAAACAGUAUAGAUCUAUACGAAGAAGCUGCUUCGAUUUUGGGACUUACUUGUUCUCAAACCGAUAAUUGCAAAUGUAUAGAAUGUCAGUGCCAUUACUUUGAUUUCGAAGAAGAUUUAGAAUUUUCGAGUGGUGAAUACAUGGUGGAUCAUAACUCAACAUGUUCCAUCCAAUAACAAAAACCCGCGCACGAAGAAGGCUGUUAUUUUAUAUACCAUACGAAAAAAGAGGAUUUUUUAAAAUAAAACAAAAAAAUAUAUUGAAAAGAACCAUUAUAGGCCGAUUUUUCGAAACCUGUAUAACAAAAAAAAGAGAAAUAAAAGGGAAUAAAAACCGUUAAAAAUUUGCUUUGUUCAAUACAAAAUAGGAAAUCGCUAAAUGAAAUAAAAUUGUUAUUUAAUUUUUUUUUUUUUGGGAUACAGGUAACAUAAUGCUAAAUAAAUUAAAUUUGCCGCUAAAGCUGAAUGACAAAUCGAAUGAGAGUAACACAAAUAAAACCGAGAGAGGAAAUAAAUUAUUUAUAUUGUUAAAGUUACCAAGGUUUAUUGUGUACGAGAGGAGGAAUGUUUGUAAUUAAUUAAAAAUUUAUUAAAUUAAAAUUGUGUGUUUGUAUAAUUCGAAUGUUGAUUAAAAUCGAAUAGAAUUAAAUUAAUGAUUUUUGAAUAUACUUAUGUUAACUGUGUAAAUAUUUACUUGUAAAACUUAUAUUGUAUAUGUAAUAAAAUAUUGCAUUUAAA